AUGAGCUACUACAAACUAGAGCCGCACCUGGCCAAGAUGACCGAGACAACGUUGCCGAGCUCGUAUCACCAUUUGCUGCGUGGCCUCGGCGAGGCACGAGACUCGUUGACGCCGACGAACGAGACCAGAGGAGAUUUGAUGGCGCUGCUGGAAGGCGUGCCGUUUGAUCGCCCCAUUGAGCCACUGCCGGAGAGUACGGUCAAGAGUGCACUGCAAUUGCCGGCAGGGGGCAGCAAGAGCGGGCCCGUGCUGCAUCCACUGCAUGGUGGGAAGACGCCAGGAUUGAUCCACACGCCGCCUCCCACGGAUACUGAACGAGCGGGUCAUGCCGAAAAACAAAAGGGAAAGUCGAAAGACGAUAAGGAUCGCCGAGAGAAGAAGGAAAAGAAGAAGCGGAAGCGAGAGAGGGAAGACGCAGCCAUGCUGCAGAAGCUGCUGGCGCCGCUUGUGGCAGAGCUGCGGGCACUUACGUGGACGGGCUGGGUGGUUAGUGGCAAGCCAGGGAACCCUUUUUUGCAAAAAUUCACAAAGGACAAUUGCAAGCGGCUCGGCGUGCCCAACUACUUUGACUAUGUCAAGAGUCCCAUGGACUUGACCCGAAUGAAGGAGAAAGUCGAGCGUGCAGAGUACACGAAGAUCGACCAGUUUACGACGGACAUUAAGCUCAUGGCUGCCAACGCCAAGACAUUCAACCGCGUGGGCGAACCGGUGCACCAGAUGGCCAUCGAGAUUGAGCGACUCUACGAGUCGAAGCUGUCGACGUACAAGAAAAUGUUUGACGAGCUGCAUCAGGAGCGCAAGAAGCGCAAGAAAGACAAGAAGAAGCGCAAGGAAAAGAAGAAGGAGAAGUAA